CAUUAUCACCUUAAUUUAUCCUUUAGAUUUAAUACGAAACUGAAGAGUUCCACUGAAGCCUGCGGCCGGAACGCUCUCUCUCCCUCCUCUCCUCUUCACAGAAAAACCCUCGCUCGGGAAGAAGAAGUGGGGCAGCAGAGCUAGCGUCCGCCGAUCACCCCCUCGCGUUUGCUCUGCCUUCUGACCAUGCCGAAGAAUAAGGGAAAGGGAGGAAAGAACAGGAAGAGAGGAAAGAAUGAAGCUGAUGAUGAAAAGCGUGAACUUGUUUUCAAGGAAGAUGGGCAGGAGUAUGCUCAAGUACUUCGCAUGCUCGGUAAUGGCCGAUGUGAAGCAAUGUGUAUUGAUGGGACCAAGCGCCUUUGCCACAUAAGAGGGAAGAUGCACAAGAAGGUUUGGAUCGCAGCAGGUGAUAUCAUACUUGUGGGGCUUCGCGACUACCAGGAUGACAAGGCUGAUGUGAUCCUCAAGUACAUGCCUGAUGAGGCCAGGCUCCUUAAGGCAUAUGGAGAGCUUCCUGAGAACACACGUCUCAAUGAGGGUAUUGCUGGUGGCCUCGAUGAGGAGGAUGAAGGCCCCGGUGAUGAUUAUAUUGAAUUCGAAGACGAAGACAUUGAUAAGAUCUAAGCUGGGUUUGAUAAACGCCACUAUUUGGUUACCCCGAAUGUUUCUUGCCAUUGAGUUAUAUUUGCUGAUGGCCAAGUACACAGUAUUUGGUAUCCGUGUUAUAAAGUUGGAUCUGUCUGUGAACCCUCCCGUAAUCUUCAUUUUACCCAGCGCAAGAUUCUAUAUUUGCCCUGUCUCUGCAAGUAAUUACCCUUUGCACAGGUAAUAAUUAAGUUGCCCUAGGGAAGGCAGGUGAUUUCUAGGUGCGGCUGAAGGGUCGAAGUGUUUAAUUCAAUUUCAUUC